UCGGAGCUCCAUAUCUUCAGGGUAAUGUCGAAAGUAGGCUUUAAUGUACAGAUGUGUGGAACACAAGUACUCUCUUCACCAUGGAUUUAAUACCAGACACGUCGUCUUGUUCCAAAUGCAGAUUUCCAUACAUGUGUAGUCCAGUUGUGCCACGAAGACGUCAACGUAACACACUGGAUAAGAAUGACUCUGAAUAAAGCACUUCGUUACCAUCCACAUAUUUCGACGAUGAUAUAAUUGAAGAGGGCAUAUGGAGCUACAAAACCAAAAUGGGAAAGCGAAAGAAAGCAGAAUCAUGUAUUCCAUGACCAAUCCUUUACUAACACUCAACACGCGUUCAUCUCUGUGAUUAACAUACGACUGUGUCACUAUGAUAUUACGGCUUCCACAGUGCGAACAUCACUUCCGGUUUCCAAACACUUAAACGCUUGGACGUUCCAGUUUCGUGCAUUACGCUGUGAUAUGAAUAUGAUUUAAACGCAAUUGUAAACCUGAUUGUUCCUUUCAUUGAUACAAAAGGAUAAGUGCUGUAUAUAGUGAGUUCCGUGUUAAGAGGUUGAGGAAAAUCUAUCGGGAGGGUUGACAUAUAAAACACACAAAUGACGAUGAACACCCUUGAUGCCGAUAACCGUGUCAUUCUCAAUGUCGGCGGUAUACGGCACGAGACUUACAAAGCCACACUUAAGAAAAUUCCGGCCACUCGUUUGUCCAGGCUGACCGAAGCAUUGGCUAAUUACGACCCUGUGUUGAACGAGUACUUCUUUGAUAGACACCCGGGAGUAUUUGCUCAGAUUCUGAACUAUUAUCGUUCUGGGAAGCUUCACUACCCCACGGACGUGUGUGGUCCUUUAUUCGAGGAGGAGUUGGAGUUUUGGGGGCUUGAUUCGAACCAGGUCGAGCCCUGUUGCUGGAUGACGUAUACGUCACAUAGAGACACACAGGAUGUGUUAGGGAUCUUGGACAGACUGGAUCUCGAUACAGAUAAGCCUACAGAGGAAGACAUUAUGAAGAAAUUCGGUUGGGAAGAGGAAUACCGAGCAGGAGAACUGAACUGUUGGCAACGGAUCCAGCCGAAAAUUUGGGCACUCUUCGACGAACCUUACUCUUCAUCUUCAGCAAAGGUGAUCGCCGUGGUUUCAGUUUUCUUCAUCGUCGUUUCUAUUCUGUCCUUCUGUCUAAAAACUCAUCCAGAGAUGCGAGUUCCGGUCUUGCGCAACGUAACCACAAAUGUGUCAGAGGGCAACGCAUCAUGGCGCCUGGAAAAACGGAAAACAGAGCCACACGAAGCAUUCUUCUACAUAGAGUGUGCGAGUAACGCUUGGUUCACUUUUGAAAUUAUCAUUCGCCUAAUAGUUGCUCCAAAUAAGCUGGAUUUCCUCAAAGCCCCGGUGAAUAUAAUAGAUAUAAUAGCCACGCUUUCAUUUUAUCUAGACUUUCUAUUAACAAGUCUGAAACAGGAGAGUGACAUUCUGGAAUUUUUUAGUAUUAUCCGUAUAAUGCGACUGUGUAAAUUGACUAGACACUCGGCAGGCCUGAAGAUUCUCAUCCACACGUUCAAGGCCAGUGCCAAGGAGCUCAUUCUGUUGAUUUUCUUCCUUGUGUUAGGUAUUGUGAUCUUUGCAGCUCUCAUCUUCUACGCCGAGAGAAUCCAGUACAAUCCUGAAAAUGAAUUCACCAGCAUCCCCGUGGGGCUGUGGUGGGCUAUUGUUACUAUGACUACCGUAGGUUACGGGGACAUGGUGCCUAAAACGUACGUCGGCAUGUUCGUCGGUGCGCUGUGCGCUCUCAUGGGCGUACUGACGAUCGCCCUCCCUGUCCCUGUCAUCGUCAGCAACUUUGCCCUCUUCUAUUCCCACACGCAAGCGCGCUCUAAAUUGCCGAAAAAGCGAAGAAGAGUGUUACCUGUGGAAGCGCCGCGCCCGAAAGGUCCUAAGGCGGCGGGGAUGCCCGGGGGGCAGGGACCUACCAAUAGGCGCAUGAAUGCUAUUAAACAGAACCACCCAGGGGCACUGAAUACAAAAAUAAGCAGAAUAGCCCAAGGGGGUGCUAUCCAGGAAAUGUUUCCUUUCCGUAGCCCGUAUCAUUAUGGAUACUUAUUAGGCCGCAAUGGCGAAGAGAGUAUCCCAAUGUUGAUGCUUAACCACACAUCGGACAGGGAGCUGGACUCUUUGCCCCGUACACGUCCACAUAACACUGUGGAAAAGUCUCCGCCCCGACUCGUGGAAAUAAGUUCCAAUCCGGGCACUCCGCUUAAAGUUACUGAAAUUAAGGUUUCUGAUGCCGGGGGAGCUACGACUGCUUUGUCCAGUCUUAUUAUGGCACCAAGUGCUAAUCUAAAUGCAAAUUCUAAUGCUGUAACCAAUAGCAACGCUUUACCAAAUUCAGUUCCAACGACAAUACCUUCAAUAUCACCUACUACAGAGAAAAAAAACAUACCAAAAUGUAUACGAGGAGACGGCGCUGAUGUGGGUAAGGCGCCCCCUAGCGGAACGACAGCAAACAAUACAAGCAUUGAACAACGAUCAGCCAAUCAUUCUCCCUCCUCCUCUCCUCCCACCUCAAACAACCUCGUAGCCGUAAACACGUAACCACUGUGGUCCAGCACGAGUAGCGGCAACUGGGCGGAAGGUAGCAGUGCGCAUGCGUAAAGAAAGUGAACAUUGUCUUAACCAGAAAAAUGAUAAUAUCAACUGUAAACAUUUAACGUUGAUAAUUCCUACAAAACAGACACGCGAGCGUUGAAAGUUAGAGGAAUGUAUAUUUACGCCUGUUUAAACGCCCAUGAACCUUAAGAAGUGCGCAUGUCCUUCGGCAGUGUGCGCGUGAGACUGACGUGACCCGGCAUACCGAGACGAGACAUAUAAUUAACGUACCACUGGAGUGUAGCAAAGUGAAAGAUAGGAUUUCUAUGAAGCGAUGAUAUGUAUUGAUAUAUAUCCGAAAGCACAGAUCGCUUGUGUUAACAUAUAAUGACAUGUUUUAGUAAUGCACCUCGAUUAAGUGAUUGAUCAGUGACCUUGACUGUGCAGCAAAGUUGACCCGCGAAGGAAUAUUUGAAAGUUCUUAGAUUGGAGUGAAACGAGUUUUAAACGAAAUAAUUAAAAGUCCGUUAUUCAUGAUGGCAGACGUUUCAAUGCAAUGAAGUAUCACUGAGUGAGCAACGAGGUUAGAAAAUAUCAGCCACGGAGGGACCAGUGAAUAUUGCCGACCAAACAAUCCGUGGAUUACGUAGCCAUGAACGCUACUGGACGUUUACUGUAUGGUCACGUGGCUAGAUGUUUCCUUCUGAGAAAUGUAAAGCUCGGUCUAGCACACAAGCAGACUCUGCCGAGUCUUUUUCAUCAUGAUUAUUUCCUUUUUUAUGACUACGUCAUCCAUUCACAGCUCAGUAUAGCAGUGUUGUACAGGCUUGUCACCCGUUAUUACGUCAUUAUUACGUCAUUAUUACGUCAUUCAAACUGUACCACAUACAUUGUUUGCCAAUAUGCAUACCGUAUAUCGUUCACAUCUUAAAUAUAUAUAUCCUAUACGUACUGCUCAUUUCCGAAAGACAAACCGUAUAUUUACUGUGUGUAAAUCCAAAUAUCAACCUUCUUAGAACGAUAAGCCGUUUAUUGUGUGAAAUAUUUAUUGUCAACAAAAUUCAAACGACAAAAAGUUCAUUAUGUUGAAGUGCAACUGUCUACCAACUCCAAACGACAAACCAUUUAUUGUGUGGAAUUUCUACUGUCUCCGAACGACAAACUGUUUACUGUGUGAAACGUCUACUGUAAGCCAACUCCAAACAACAAACCGUUUAUGGUGUGAAAUGUCUACUGUCAACCAAGUCUGAACGACAACCCGUUCACUAUGCGAAACCUCUACUGUAAGUCAUCUCCAACAAACGAACCGUUUAGUGUGUGAAUUUUUACUGACAACCUAUUUCAAACGAAAAAUCGUUUAUUGUGUGAAACUUUCACUGUCAACCAAGUCUGAACGACAAAUCGUUUAUUGUGUGAAAUUUCUACUGUCAACCAAGUCUGAACGACAACCCAUUCAUUGUGUGAAACUUCAACUGUCAAUAAAGUCUGAACGACAACCCAUUCGCUGUGUGAAACUUCAACUGUAAAUCAAGUCUGAACGACAACCCGUUUACCGUGUGAAACCUCUACUGUCAACCAAGUCUGAACGACAAACCGUUUACCGUGUGAAACUACUACUGUCAACCAAGUCUGAACGACAAACCGUUUACCGUGUGAAACUUCUACUGUCAACCAAGUCUGAACGACAAACCGUUUACUUCGUUAAACUUCUACUGUCAAUCAUUCCGUUGCUGUGACAACGCCCCUUAUAUACAUAUACUUAAUAUAUAUAAACAUUAUAUCAUAUUAAUUACUACGCCAUUGGCACUGUUACCAUGCCAACGUCUGGGAAAUAUAAUAGUAAAAAUGUUUUUGGAUUUUCCAUAUAUCUGACAUUUUACCCCAAACGGCACAGAUCGGCACUCAACGAGAAUCCUCACACACAUGGUUUUAUUGAAACAAUGACUGUUACUAACCAUAAACAACAACUUACUGUUGGUAAACAUGUUUCUUCGUGUAGUGUCAAAAUACCCAGGACUAAAUUAGAAAACCGUGGAAGGAAAUUAUCCGGAAUCUUAGAUCAUUUUUAUGUGUAUCAUAGUGCGACCAGCUAGGUUUAUUUUCAUUCCUUUCAGAAACACUGUCUGUGAUUUCAUUAAUACUAAGUGCGCAUGUCUAAGUUUGUACCCAAUGCAUCUUAUUGUUUGUGAAUACAGUCGUUCAAAAAUUCAAUUCAAAAAUGACAUACGAAUAUACCCAUUUAUCUAUAUUUAUUUUUGUAGUUUUUGUUCGAUUCUAAACGUCUGAAAAAUUAAUAUGGGUGAUAUUAUGUUCAAACAAAUAGAUAUAAAAUAAUACUCAAAUAUCUGUCUCCCUGCUCAGCCCUGAAACAUUCAGUUUUAUAUGGCGUAACUUGUGUGUGGGUUUUUGCUGCAUUUUAAUAUUAGUUAAUUAUGUUACGUCAUGUGUGAUCGUGUGUGUGUGUAUUUAAGUGUUCCUGGGUGCGCGUGUGUGAGUUUGUUUGUGACCGUCAUUAUUUACCAUCAAAUUAAACGGUUUUAACCCAAUGUCUCAAUACCAUCAUCUACUUCCACAAUUAUCUCUGAUGUAAUUUGAUGAAAUGAAUAUUUGACUCAUUAGGUACAAAUGAUUUAAUACUUAUGUACUCAUUACUACAUAUACCUAAAUUGAAUCUCUCCUCUAGAAAAUUAUACAACUACUUCUACUCGUCGAUUGAUGCAAAAAUGGUUAUUGAAAUAAACAUUUUCUAGGGAGAGAGCUGGUUUGGGCUACGCCAGUUGCCAUUUAUCUUUCUGCUAAGAUCUACGCAGUAUAGUACUCUGAAAUAAAAACAAAAGUUAGUGAAAUAUUCUUGAUGAUUAGCGCAGUCUAAAGGUGAUGUUAAAAAAUGAUUUGCUGACUAUCACAUAAAACAUGAAGAUUACUUUCGGUUUAUAUAUAAAAUACAUAGAUGAAUUAUUUUCGUUUUAUAUAUUGUUUCACAUUGAAUAUUAAUAAUUUAGAACUGUGUUUCUGGGAUUGAAAGUGAAAACGAUUAUUCGGGGUUAUAUCUCGGAUAAAUGAAUGACAUUUUUAUAUCUGAUAAACAACGAUUUUUUUAUUUACUCAUCAAAACCUUUGACGUUGUUUGUUUCAUGGCCAGUAUUUGAAACGAAAAAACAAAUGAUUAAAUAUUGUUCAGACACAAUUCAGACAUGACUAGAAGUUUUUAUUUGAAAAGUUCAUUAAUCCAUACGGUGCAGAUAUUUUUUUCAUUUUCGCCGUACAAUUCGGUUGCAGUUAUAUGAUUUUAAAUCAAUAAUGAUGAUUAAUAACUUGAUUUAUGCUUAUAAUGUUCAGCAAUAAAACGACAAUGCCUGAUUUGAGUUUACUAAGAAAUUUCCGUUAUUAUCAGUUAUAAAGAUAUUUUCCAUAAAACUGCAGUAAAAACAUAAUACAUUUUCAUAAAAAAGUGUUAUUUUAUCAAAAUAUUCAUUUUCAUAAAGAAACGAAGUUUGGCGUCAUUAAAUCGCUACUCCGAUGUAAAUAAUAAAUCAGUUAAUUUCAUUAAAAAAUGUAACUUUAUUAAAAUACCUGAUGUAAUCAUUUUCAUAACAGAAACGAAUUUUGGCGUCAUUGAAUCGCUACUUCGAUGUAAAUGAUAUAUAGUUAAUAUCAUAAUUACUAUGUCGAACAUUUAUUUCUAAAUUUCUUAAUUUGAAUUUAAUUUAAAUCUAACCGAACAAUGCCAAUAUAUUUGAAAUUUUGAAUUUAAAAAGCAAGUUAUUGCAUAUCGAUUGAUAUUUUUAUCACCUCCAAUGAUAUUUAAACCACAUGUCUAUUGUAAAGUUUAUUUGAAGCUAAAAAUAAAAUGACAUGUUUAAUCGUUUUAAAAUUCAUAAAAAUAUUAAAACCAGUACGUUGUAGGCAAAGUGAAAGUUUGAGUGAACGACUGUGUGACAGACAAAACCUGGGUAUUCGUCUGAAGAAUAUUCCUGAUGAUGAAGACAUAAACAGGUGUUUCUAGUACAUCUGAUUGUCAUAGUAUGUUGUUAAGAGGCUGAUUUUAACACCGGAGAUUUGUGGGUGGGAAGGCUGCUUUAUAUAAGUUUCGUAGUAAUUACUGUACAAAAAGAUAUUUAGUUAAUCAGUUACAUUAUUAUGUUGAGCAAUACGUGUUUGUUUUAUAGAACCUUGUUACAGUCAGUUGAUUGGCUGCAUAUUUUGGUUAAACCUUGUUACAACAAGCUGAUUGGCUAUAUAGUUUAAUUAAACCUUGGUACAGCUAGCAGCUGAUUGGCUAAAUACUUUGAUUAAACCUUGUUACAUGAAGCUGAUUGGCUACAUAGUUUAAUUAAACCUUGUUACAGCUAGGAGCUGAUUGGCUACAUAUUUUCAUUAAACCUUGUUACAACCAGCUGAUUGGCUACAUAGUUUAAUUAAACCUUGUUAGAGUUAGCUGAUUGGCUAAAUAGUUUGAUUAGUCCGUGCUACAGCCAGCUGAUUGGCUACAUAGUUUAAUUGAACCGUGACACAGCAAGUUGAUUGGCUUCAUAGUUUGAUUAAACCUUGUUACAACAAGCUGAUUUGCUACAUAGUUUAAUUAAACCUUGUUAGAGUUAGCUGAUUGGCUAAAUAGUUUGAUUCGACCGUGCUACAGCCAGCUGAUUGGCUACAUAGUUUAAUUGAACCGUGUCACAGCAAGUUGAUUGGCUUCAUAGUUUGAUCAAACCUUGUUACAACAAGCUGAUUUGCUACAUAGUUUAAUUAAACAUUGUUAGAGUUAGCUGAUUGGCUAAAUAGUUUGAUUAGACCAUGCUACAGCCAGCUGAUUGGCUACAUAGUUUAAUUGGACCGUGACACAGCAAGUUGAUUGGCUACAUAUUUUGAUUAAACCUUGUUACAGCCAGCUGAUUGGCUACAUUGUAAGUUAUUGUAUGACAUCUGUUAAGUUUUCAUGUUGAUGUCUGACAUAGAUUUGGUUCCUAGAGAGAAUAUAUAUACAAUGGAAAUCUAGACCUUCAGGCUUUACCCGUUGUUGAACAUAUUUUAUAUUUUAUCAUUGGAGUGUUAAACUCUUUUUUUAAUGUAGUCACAUUGAAAAAUAUAUUCUAGGCUACAUUUUAUGAACAGGAUAAGAACUAAUAGGGAGAUUAUAUGAGCGGUUAAAAUAAAGAAAUCUUUCUGUGACAUUACGCAACACGGUGAACUCGAUUUUACACCACGUUGUCACCCAUUGUUUCUGAGGAAUGCAUGUUUUUGUUUAUAAAGCUCCUAAUAGUAGAAAAUAUUUUGUGUAUAUGGGAUUCGUGUAAUAACAACACGAAACCGGUAAUAACUGGUUCUGUAUGAAGCGGUCUUCUUAUAAUUAUUACAAUAUAGUGGAGUAUUACUAAGCAUUCUUUAUAAUUUUCGAGGAUGUUCCGGUUAUACGCUAUAACCGUGUAAAUAUGUUAAAACCACAUUUAGAAUAAUCAGUUUCGUCAUUUAAAAAAGAGGGUGAAGAGUGUUAAAAAAACGGAAAGUGAUAGAAACGUUGGUAUGAAUUUAGUUGAUGUGAAUGACAGUAAGAUUCUGUUUGAAACGAACAUCCUUCUGUAUUUCACACAACUAAAUAAACAUUUAUACCAUUCUUAAUGAUAUUCUGCCCAUAGUGCAGAAAUGUUGGUAUCCAACAUUCCACCAUGGGCGUUGCGGCGUAAUUGGAUUUCUUUGCAUAAAUGAACAGAAAAUUUUGAAUUCUAAGAGGUAGCUUGACGCACGUGAAUCAGAUUAUAUUAUGGUACGUCUAAACCUUACGUUUUAUAUAUUCAUAUAUUCACGUGCGUGCGUGCGUGCGUGCCGCUUUUCCUUAGUAAAUGAAUUUUAAACAGAGAUGUUGAAAUAUAUAGACAACUUAGUAACACUCCACGUAUAUGAUAUAGACUACAAUUAGAGUAUAAGAGUAUUAGAGUACAAUUUGGUAUUAGUAAAAAAAUAACUUGAUAAUUUAAUUGUGGCCUUUAAGUAAACAUAGACAUAUUCUGAAAAAUUGGUUCAUCCUUGUUUUCUGUGUUACAAACCACUAUUAUACUGUAUUUCUCGGUAAGUGUGAGACAUACCGAAUACCGAGUUUGUAUCCGUUGUAUUUUCCUACGACACAGAACCAUUGUCGACAAACAAAACAGGUGUGAUUUCUCAGGAUGUUCUACAGGUGAGGAAGAUCCUCUUUUGUGUUCAGUUAUUAACAGAUAUAUUUACAAGACAUUUUAACAUAAAAUGUUUCCGAAAAUGGCUUUAUCGAUAGGAUGUAGGACAAUAUCGAUAGGAUGUAGGACUAUAUCAAUGGGAUGUAGGACUAUAUCGAUAGGAUGUAGGACUAUAUCGAUGGGAUGUAGGACUAUAUCAAUAAGAUGUAGGACUAUCUCAAUAGGAUGUAAGACUAUAUCAAUGGGAUGUAGGACUAUAUCGAUAGGAUGUAGGACUAUAUCGAUGGGAUGUAGGACUAUAUCAAUGGGAUGUAGGACUAUAUCGAUAGGAUGUAGGACUAUAUCGAUAGGAUGUAGGACUAUAUCAAUGGGAUGUAGGACUAUAUCGAUAGGAUGUAGGACUAUAUCGAUGGGAUGUAGGACUAUAUCAAUAAGAUGUAGGACUAUCUCAAUAGGAUGUAGGACUAUAUCAAUGGGAUGUAGGACUAUAUCGAUAGGAUGUAGGACUAUAUCAAUGGGAUGUAGGACUAUAUCGAUAGGAUGUAGGACUAUAUCGAAGGAUGUAGGACUAUAUAUAUAGGAUGUAGGACUAUCUCAAUAGGAUGUAGGACUAUAUCGAUAGGAUGUAGGACUAUAUCGAAGGAUGUAGGACUAUAUAUAUAGGAUGUAGGACUAUCUCAAUAGGAUGUAGGACUAUAUCUAUAGGAUGUAGGACAAUAUCAAUAAGGUGUAGGACUAUAUAUAUAGGAUGUAGGACUAUAUAUAUAGGAUGUAGGACUAUAUAUAUAGGAUGUAGGACUAUCUCAAUAGGAUGUAUGACAAUAUCAAUAAGGUGUAGGACUAUAUCAAUAGGAUGUAGGACUAUAUAGGAUGUAGGACUAUAUCUAUAGGAUUUAGGACUAUCUAUAGGAUGUAGGACUAUGUUAAUAAGAUGUAGGACUAUAUUAAUAGAAUGUUGACUAUAUCGAUAGGAUGUAGGACUGUAUCGAUAAGGUGUAGGACUCAAUCGGUAAGGUGUGGGACUGAAUCGAUAUGAUGUAGGACUAUAUCGAUAGGAUGUAGGACUUGAUCAAUAGAAUGUAGGACUGUUAUCAAUAAUAUAUAGGACUACAUCAAUAAGAAACCAUCAAACGUUCUGCGAAAUUACAUCACAGUAAACAAGGAUGAGCCAUCUAACUCAGGCUAUAGCGUAUUAGUGGUUGAUAAACUGUUUUAACUGAUAUAUAAAUAAAAAGGGAAACAAUUAUAUGAGAUUUUAACGUUUACUUAAAAAACCAUUUGCCAUGAAAGUGAAAGUAUUCGAUCGAAUGCAUUUAUUUUUCAUCAUUGCACAAAUGUAAGUCAUUUCACCUCCACAUGGAAAUACAUCGAUAUUUUUAAUUUAGAUAUUAUAUUACACAUACGUUUUUUUAUUCUGAAUUUCAUGUUUGUAAAUAGAUUAAUGGUCAUUCUCAUAUGCGUUGGAGUACGACUUAUGUAAUAUAGAAUGGUGGAAGAUCCCGCCAUAUCAAUGACGUAAUUGUGACGCAAACAUGUCAUGUGAUCGAUUAUGCUGUUACGUCAUCCAGUGUAAGUACUGUACAUCCAUACGGUAGUAAUUCCCUGACAAGUUAUGAUAUUCUUCGCAAUAAAAUUUCGAUAUAAAUACACUUAUAUAUAUAUCAUUCGUCACACAAUGGGAACAGUUAUUCGAAACUAUGAGUUAAGUUUGACUAUAUAUCUCCCCGACAUUCAACCGUCGGACCACUUCUACAGAUAUGUUUCUGCUAUUCUAUGAUGGAAACGUGCACUUUCUGUCCAAUUGAUAUCACUGAAGUUGUAUUUUGCACUUUGUGCAUACAUAAUUAUAUAGAUUACUAUUGAAAUACAAACUCAAGUAUGAUUAUGAUGCUGCAUACGAAUGAAUAAACAAGUAGAUACGUAACGCAAUGCCAUGCACGUGUGUGGAUUGCGCGUGCAGUACACUAGCUCACGUGUGGGGACUGCCCGUGCAGUGUACAAGCUCACGUGCAUGGAUUGCGCGUGCAGUGUACUAGCUCGCGUGUAUGGAUUGUGCGUGCAGUGUACACUGUUUAUUGGCGGAGCAUUUCUCUGCCAGAAUUACGCUUCUCUCAUUCCUGUACAUACAUAUACACAUUAUAUAUCAGAAUAAUACUAAAAAAAACCUGUCAUGCCAGGGGCCUGGUAUUAAAACAUAAUGAACAGAUACAUUUAGCAAAAUCAAUUGCUUCCUUACUUAUAUUAUGUGUUUAAUAUUGGCUACAGAAACUCCACGCACCUUGGCAUCACAAAAGAUUGGAUAUUUCUGUAUGCCGUCUAUGAAUCAGUUUUUAAUAUCAGGUCCCAAUACUCUGUGUGACUAUUUCCUAGGGGAGAAUACGUGUGGACUUGUUGGUUAUAUGUACCAUCCAAGGCAUCUUUGAUUUUUGCUUGUAGCAGAUUUUGUAGAAUCAGCUGAUUAUAAAGAAAGUUGUUUGUUUACAAACGAAUUGAUUUAUGUAUAAAUUGUUUAUCACGAUACAUAA